GGGGGGGGUGCCAAAUGUGGGAGGGCCCGUUUGCGCUUCACGUCAAGGUUGCCGCCGACGAUGACGGCGAAGAAUCCGACUGAUACGGGACUUUUAAAGUUCGGGAGAAAGUAGGGGACGAGUCCAGGUUACCCCGACUUCCCCAAGCCGCCUGUUGCUCAUAAAGCGAGGGGGCGAAAGCCCCGCACCGUGUUGCUCUUUGUCACCAACACGGCAAAAUGCGGCGGCGGUCAGGUGUGCGUCAAGACAGCCCUCGCUAACUGCACUUGGGAAGAAUUGCUCGUUGUUGUGUGCCCUCCCCCACCCCCGCUCGCUGCCGCACUGGUUCCGUCUGGCUCGCGCUCAGCUGCUGCGUGUCCCGGGAUGACCUGUUGAUGUCGGUAGAAUGGAGACUGGCAGGGGGAGCGAUUUCCCCCAUCACCAAAAUAUUUAAAUAAGCCACAUUUGGGUGCUUGAUAAGCGACGUCGCAGCCGAGCUACCUCGCCCGCCUUGACAAGCCUUUGUUGGUGUGCAUUGGCGCACCAUGGCCCAGACCCUCCAGAUGGCGAUCCCAAACUUUGGCAACAACGUUUUAGAGUGUCUGAACGAGCAACGUCUGCAGGGCCUCUACUGUGACGUCUCCGUGGUGGUGAAGGGGCACGCCUUCAAGGCUCACCGUGCUGUCUUGGCCGCGAGCAGUUCUUAUUUCCGGGACCUGUUCAGCAACGGCGGCAGUAGCGGCGGCUGCAGCGGCAACGAGGGCAGCCCCACCGUGGUGGAGCUCCCUCCGGCUGUGCAGCCGCAGAGCUUCCAACAGAUUCUGGCCUUCUGCUACACCGGCCGUCUCAGCAUGACGGUGGGGGACCAGUUCCUUCUCAUGUACACUGCCGGCUUCCUGCAGAUCCAACAGAUCAUGGAAAAAGGCACCGAAUUCUUCCUCAAGGUCUCCUCCCCCAGUUGCGACUCCCAGGGUCUCAACGCGGAGGAGGCUCCGCCAUCGGAGCCUCAGAGCCCCGUAACGCAGACGGGUACCGGCGCGGCCCGGCCCGCCGCCUGCUUGACGCCUCUCCCGUUAGUGUCACGGGUGAAGACGGAGCAGCCCGCAAGCCAACCGGAAGCCGCCGCUCAUUCCGUGGUCUGCGCUCCUGUCGCCAAGCGGUUGUGGGAGGGCGGCAGCAGCCGCGACGGAGGAGGAGGAGGCUCCGGGGCAGGAGGGGGCGCCAGAAAGGCCGCGCGUUAUUCCCAGGAGGCGGCGCGAGGCAGUGCCAUCCAGAGCCCCGGAGCGCUCGGACUGGCCAUGGGUAUGGGGGCCACGGCGACCGGCCUGGCUGGCAUGAUGGCGGGCGGCGGGCUCAGUGGUAGUGCGAGCACCAAUGGGACCUCUGCAUCCGGCGUGGGCAUGUCAGAGGGCGCCAGCCCGGGCACCCUGAGCACCUACGCUAGUGACUCACCCAUCAGCUACCACGACGAUGAAGAGGAGGAAGAGGGCACAGAGGAGUGUGCUGAAGAGCAGUACAGGCAAAUCUGCAACAUGUACACCAUGUACAGCAUGCUCAACAUGGGGGCCGCAGCUGCCGGCGAGCGGGUGGAAGCUCUUCCCGACCACACGGAGACGCGGGGGCGCAUGCGUGGCCGAGACCUCACUUGUCUCCCGGCGGAGUUGAUUGCCCAAAUCGGCAACCGCUGCCAUCCCAAACUGUAUGAGGAGGGAGACCCUGCUGAGAAACUCGAGCUGGUCUCAGGUACGUCUGUCUUUAUUUCCCGGGCCCAGCUGAUGAACUGUCAUGUGAGUGCCGGGACCAGACACAAGGUGCUGCUGAGGAGGCUGCUGGCCGCCUUCUUCGACAGGAACACGCUGGCCAACAGCUGCGGAACCGGCAUCCGUUCAUCCACCAACGACCCCAGCCGCAAGCCCCUGGACAACAGAGUGCUCCACGCGGUCAAAUUUUACUGCCAGAACUUUGCCACCAGCUUCAAAGAGAGCGAGAUGAACGCCAUCGCCGCCGACAUGUGCACUAACGCCCGGCGAGUGGUGCGCAAGAGCUGGAUCCCCAAGCUCAAGCUGCUGAUCGCCGAGAGCGACGCUUACUCCGCCUUCCUCUCCGACGGCGUCAAAGCGGAGGACGACACCCUGGGCGCCGACCCGGCCUUCGACCCCGCCUCCCUCGAAGCCUCGGCAUCGGCCGGCGCCGAGUCGGGCGGCUCUUCAGGAAGACGGCAACCACCCAGACAUGCAGCAAACCAUGCAACCCCCCCACUGCUAUGCCUUCCCCUUCAUCGCUCUAUCAGGAGCAGGACAGAGCUUGACAGCAGGCACCAAGCCACUCCUGCUCACACGGAGAGGAAGGGGAGGAGGAGGGGUGUCAAUGCAGUUUCUGUCUUUCCCCAAACCCCCCCAAAACUAAGAACAAUGCAACACUACAGUGGGCCACCGUAGUUUGCCAUAUUCUAGCCGAAAAACAACAAAAUGAAACAUAGGAAUAAAGAAUGAGCCAUUUUACGAUCUAUAGCAUCCGCCUUUUUUUUGUAUGAUGUGACACUUUGAGCAUUUCACAUGCAUCUUUGGGUAUCUGCAUUGUCCCGCACAUUCUCUCGGCAUUUCAGAAUGCAAAGUUUAUAAUGGUGGAAAAGUAGGUAUAUAAACUGAAAUGAAAA